AUGCCGCGCUCCUUCCUGGUGAAAACGCACUCCAGCCACAGGGUCCCCAACUACCGGCGGCUAGAGACGCAGAGAGAAAUCAAUGGUGCCUGCUCUGCCUGUGGGGGGCUGGUGGUGCCCCUCCUCCCCCAAGAUAAGGAGGCCCCUUCUGUGCCCGGUGACCUUCCCCAGCCCUGGGACGGCUCCUCGGCCAUCGCCUGCAUCUCCCUGCCCCUCCUUCCACGGAUCGAGGAAGCUCUGGGGGCCUCUGGGCCGGACGCCUUGGAAGUCAGCCGGGUCGACCCUUGGGCCAGCCGGGCCCCCAUUGUACCCCUCAAAGACAGCCUGAACCACCUCAACCUGGCCCCACUGCUGGUGCUGCCCACACAGUGGUCCCCAAUCCUGGGCCCAGACGGGCACAGGGCUCCAGAAAAACUGCUCGGGGCUGAGCGGACGCCCCGAGCCCCUGGCAGCUUCCAAUGCUUCCACUGCCACAAACCCUACCACACCCUGGCCGGGCUGGCCAGGCACCAGCAGCUGCACUGCCACCUGCAGGCGGGGCGCGUCUUCACCUGCAAGUACUGCGACAAGGAGUACACCAGCCUGGGCGCCCUCAAGAUGCACAUCCGCACCCACACGCUGCCCUGCACCUGUAAGAUCUGCGGAAAGGCCUUCUCCAGGCCCUGGCUGCUGCAGGGCCACGUCCGCACCCACACAGGGGAGAAGCCCUAUGCCUGCUCGCACUGCAGCAGGGCCUUUGCCGACCGCUCCAACCUUCGGGCCCAUCUGCAAACGCACUCGGACACCAAGAAGUACCAGUGCCAGCGCUGUGCCAAGACCUUCUCCCGCAUGUCCCUCCUGGCGCGGCACGAGGAGUCUGGCUGCUGCCCAGGCCCCUGA